AUGCUCGCCACCAUGUGGGAGGUCGUCGCACUAUGUUUCGCAGUCUGGAUCGCAGUACAACACUUCCGUGAACUGCGACAACAUUCGGCAGGAGGGAUUAUAAGGGACUGUUUCACGGUGUUGAUAACAAGUCACAUGGUUCACUUUACGAGCUUUGUUGCUGUUUCUUGCUUGACACUUAUUCUGAAUUUUACUCCAAUAUCACCAACGGCCAAUUCCCUGAGCCCUCAGAUUAUUUUGGGAAUUUUGGAGAACAUGCAGAUUGCUGUGCUGGGACCACGCCUGAUCCUUAGCGUUCGAGAAUACCACGCUAAGCUCGUUGCCGAUGCCGACGCAGCGACUAAUAUGACCUCAAUCACCUUCCAGGAGCGUUCUCGUCACCGGCCACUUGUCAUUGGUCAUGUCCUGAAGAGGCUUUUCGAGCAGUUCCCCCCUACCAUACUCUUCCCGAACCUUUGCGAAUUGCAUUUAGAGGCCGUGUUCGGUCUUCUGGAGCGUAGUUCAAAAUUCUGGCUACUUCGGCAGUUCAUUUCGCCUGGAUUGCAAGCGCUCCGGUUUGAUGUAACUGGCAUCCCGACACAUGAGGUAGAGCAAUUGUUUACUACUCUGCCCGCAGAAGCACAUGGCCUGCGCCAAUUAUCAGUAUCGGCGGGAAAUGGUACCACGGCUUUGACAGUCCCCCCGAGUCUUGGAAAGCUGCCAAAGUUGAUUAGACUGGCCAUUUUCGGAAUCGAUGUAUCUUUGACGAGGCAGACAAUAGCCAAUAUCCAGCAAGCACGAUGUCUUCAAAGCCUCAAGCUUAAAUUGUGCGGAACCUCCUGCGAUGCGGGCGGUAUACCCCUUGAAUUGCCUAGUCUCAAAACCCUCUAUCUCUCCGAUGGUUCCUUGCCACAGUGCACGCACUUCCUUCGUCAAGUCACCACCCGACAACUAUCACACAUCAAUAUCAGCUAUCGCGGAUCUGCCAGCCCGGCCGAAGUCACCGCGUUCGUGGAAUCCUUGUCGACGUCAUGCCAAACUUUUGAAGAUUUGGAACGGAUCUAUGUGGUCGACAAAUCAGAACAUCCUGAUUAUCUGCUCGUCAUCCCACUCCACUCCGAAAGCUUCCGGCCAUUGUUCAAGUUCAAGAGGCUGUCGUCUGUUAAAUUCAUUGGCAUUGGAAAUUUCGAACUUGACGAUAGGUUCCUCAAUGAUAUCCCAGUUGCCUGGCCGAGUAUUCAGGAAUUGAAGUUCAUCUCCUGGAAGAGACGUGCCUUUUAUAGCGUCACCUUCACCACCAUGAUGUCACUGGCGUCAAGGUGCAGAUCGCUGCGUACCUUACAUCUGACGGUCGAUGCUACGCAACCGACGACGAUUCCUCGAGCACCGGAUGGGACCGAGGAGCUUUGGCCUACGCAAACCACCCUACGCAACCUGCAUCUUGGAUACUCCCGGGUGUCGGAAGUUGCACGCGUACCAUAUUUCCUGGCCGAGGUAUUUCCAACUCUAUGGGAUUUCAAAUUCUACGAGCUUUACUUGAGGAAUUGCGCUGCCGAUAUUGAUUUGCGAUUAGCACUGGAGGAAGCACAUUCGCAACUCAUGGCGCUUCGAAACUCCCCUUACGACAAUUCGGAUAAGCUAUGGGAGAACAAUUCAGACGACAGUGGGACGUGAGAAGUGUAGGAGUGGAUAUUUCAUCGUAACGCAAUCGAGGUUGUAUUUAGACUAGAGUAGUAUGGCUGUAUACGUCUACUCUAUCAUGCUUGUAUUCCUGGUGUUGGUAUAUGUCUGAAAGCAGCAACACUGACCUAGAAAGAAGUAACUCACGCGGUUUAUUGCCACCGCACCGUUUCACCGGGCUUACGCUGAGAGCUACGGCUGCGAUAUACCCUGUAAUCAAGAUUUCGUUCAUGCUAGACGCACGAGAAGUUCUGUCUAGGAAGGGUAGGAAUGAUGUUUUUAAGUUACU